AUGGACGAGACGAGCUCCCCACCCCUGGGAAAUAGUCUAGUAAGACCCUAAUCCUAUCCUAAAUAAUGAUCAUGGUCCAGUUGAUGUUCAUCUUCAGCAAUCAACCCAGUGAUUGAAUUGGUCCAAAUGAGGAGAUCCAGGAAGUUCAUCAUGUCAUCGGGUGGUGUCUCAUAGUGCAAACCCCGUGAUAAGUAACAAAAUGAUCAAUUUACGUGGAUAGUAUAAGAUCAUGUAAGUAUUUAUGGUUACAUUUAAGACAAUUAGAAUUUAUGUAAUAAUAAGGAUAUCCAAUUGUAAUGGUUGAUGUUUCAGGACGCCAACGGAAUUGGAAAUGGACCUUUGGUAAGGGGGAAGCCAUCGAGCUUUGAAUCAUCUUGGAAUGGCUGCCUGGACGAACUGAAAAGGGCGAAAGGAAGAAAAAUAAAAUUAUUACCUGGUCCACGAAGGAGAUUGGAGAUGAAGUUGGAUGACAACUGUAGUAGAACACAAACAGUAGGACCAUUUUUGGCCAUGAAAAUGAAUAGUUUAGUCUUUCUUUUUGGGUUUUUGGGAAUCCGGGAGACUGCGGGCUGGGUUUGGUCAUCAGAAAGCAAGAUUUGGGUAAAGGGGUUGGAAUUUUUGUCAAAAUGUUUCGAAAUUUAUAUCAAAAGCACACUCAGAAUUUAUGCUAACUUGGCUUUGAUUUUAUUGCCUAACGGUGUGUCAAAAAAAGCAUUUUUUUCAAAAAUUUUUCAAAAAAAUGAAAUCCGCAAUUUGAAUUUUUUGAAAUUUACCGAAAACCUGCCUUUGUGGUUCGAAAUUUUUCAGUAUUCCGUCUAAAAUACGGCGGUCGAUCUCUCGGGGUUCUAAACACUGUAAAACGCAAAGAAUUUGGACCUAAAAUUGCCCGUAUUUUACCGUACUAAAAUAGAUUUCGGCGGGAAAAUACAGUAUCCCUACCAGCCAAAAUUGCGACUUUUUAUGUAAUAUUGGGCCUGGAUAUUACACUUCACGGUCCAAUAGUGUAUUUUCAAGGCCCUUAGGCCUUUGUAUUGCCAUUUUUGGCGGGAUUUAGGGUAGGAACCCACCAGCCAAAAAUGAAAUUUAUGAUGUUACAGGUCACAAAUAAAAACUACGGUAAUUUCGAGUUGCAACUAAGUAUAGGGUUUGUCAAUUUUGAGCUGUUUUGAGCUCUUUUUUCAGCAAUAUAAUUUCGAUGUACUUCAAGUCAUCAGAUGACUUAAAACACGAUUUUUGAGCCACUGAAUCAGCCGCCAGUUAGGCCCGGACAUAGAAAAAAAUGGAUUUUGGGUUUUUGAUCUUAAAUUGACUGUAGGCAUCCUAUAAACAUAUGACCAAAAUAUUUUUGCCUAAUUCUCCCAUUAACCUACUGUAAUUUACAAUUUAAUGUUUUUACAGUAAUCGACUAUUACUCCAAAACUACGCAUCGUAAAUAGUUGAAAUUAAGAAUACUUAUGUUUUAGCACAUGCUCGUCAAAGUGAAUACAAAAUUUUGGCACUCAGGUUACUGUAACAUACCGCAAUAUAGGUUCGGCCGCACAAAAUCGGCCGUAAAAAAAUUGUUUCUGAAAACCCGCAGCUGAUUUUUACAUAUGUUGUUCAGCGUAAAAUUCUGCCCUAGAAACAUUUUAAAAAAGUUUAAAAAGUCGUGCCCCGAUUUUCGUGGUGUAGUGGAUUUUGGUCAAGUUUAGUAAUCCGAAGGUCGCGGGUUCGAUCCCGGUGGAACCAAAAUCUGUAAAACCGCACAAAACUUCAAAAAAUCGUGUCGAGGGGAAUUGAUAAUAUACAUGCAGAGUACCAAAAACUGUAUCAUGGGUUAUUCGCAAAUUAGAAGGCAUUUUUCGGAGUUAAAAUUAUUAUUUUGGUCUUCGCGGAUUCUGGCCCAAAUUUAGUUAAGCAAAAUGGCUAAAAAUGAUAAUAUAUACCUUUUCUAGCCUUCUGAGUUCAAUGCACCCAAUUUUUCGGACCUAGGAUUACUGUAACAUGGCGAAAACGGAUUUCGGCCGCUAAAAUCGGCCGUAAAACUGUUCAUUGCGAGUAUACGCAGCUAAUUCUUCGAUUUUUCGAAUCAGCAUGAAAUUCCACACUAGUGACACUCAAAGUUGACUUUCUCAGUUAAACACUUUUUUCACUGUGGUGAAUUACUUUCAAGUUUGAAAAUUGUAAAUAAAACUGCAUUAGUUCUGGAUUAAGCCAAAAAUACUUCAAAUCUGAAUUUAAACGAUGGAUCCACACAUUUAUAGACCAAAAACCCAAAUUUUUAAAUUUUUUUUUUCAACCAAAAAAUUUGUAUGUAAUCUUCAGUGCAAAAUUUCUGCGAAAUAAAAAUGGUCAGCUAAGAAAUAUUAUAUAAUGAUUCUGGGGCAAAAUUUCACGCUGAUUCGAAAAAUCGAAGAAUUAGCUGCGUAUACUCGCAAUGAACAGUUUUACGGCCGAUUUUAGCGGCCGAAAUCCGUUUUCGCCAUGUUACAGUAAUCCUAGGUCCGAAAAAUUGGGUGCAUUGAACUCAGAAGGCUAGAAAAGGUAUAUAUUAUCAUUUUUAGCCAUUUUGCUUAACUAAAUUUGGGCCAGAAUCCGCGAAGACCAAAAUAAUAAUUUUAACUCCGAAAAAUGCCUUCUAAUUUGCGAAUAACCCAUGAUACAGUUUUUGGUACUCUGCAUGUAUAUUAUCAAUUCCCCUCGACACGAUUUUUUGAAGUUUUGUGCGGUUUUACAGAUUUUGGUUCCACCGGGAUCGAACCCGCGACCUUCGGAUUACUAAACUUGACCAAAAUCCACUACACCACGAAAAUCGGGGCACGACUUUUUAAACUUUUUUAAAAUGUUUCUAGGGCAGAAUUUUACGCUGAACAACAUAUGUAAAAAUCAGCUGCGGGUUUUCAGAAACAAUUUUUUUACGGCCGAUUUUGUGCGGCCGAACCUAUAUUGCGGUAUGUUACAGUAACCUGAGUGCCAAAAUUUUGUAUUCACUUUGACGAGCAUGUGCUAAAACAUAAGUAUUCUUAAUUUCAACUAUUUACGAUGCGUAGUUUUGGAGUAAUAGUCGAUUACUGUAAAAACAUUAAAUUGUAAAUUACAGUAGGUUAAUGGGAGAAUUAGACAAAAAUAUUUCAGUCAUAUGUUUAUUGGAAGCCUACGGUCAUUUUAAAACAAAAAACUCAAAAUCGAUAUUUUUCUAUGUCCACGGCUAAUUCAGUGACUCAGAAAUCGUGUUUUAAAGUAUUGAUAUUUUUUUUAUAUUUUUAAUCCCUAAGCUUAUGUUAGUUAAAAAAAAUCUUGAAAUUCUCAAAAAACCCCAAAAAAAAUCCCAAAAAGCAUUGGACUUACCCGUCGGCCGUUCCCCGACUCCAACCACCGGGACGGCAGCGGUGGAGGAAGUCGGGGCCAUCGCCUGAAUGGCGGAUUCAUCGCCGGAGCGGAUUGGAGAGCUUGGGGAGCUUGAGCUUGACAUCAUAAAGAUGGGUGAACCAGAUUCGGAGAAUUACCGGUAAAUGAGAAAAAUGCCAACGAAAUUUUGGUGAAUUUCGAAUAUGCAAAUUUCGAAUUUUUAUGCAAAUUGUGGGAAAAUUCGACUUUUUUCGAAUUUUCAUUCAAUUUUUUUCAGUUUUUUGGAACGUUUCUUGCAACGUGGCGAAAUUUCGGACUUUUUUGUGGAAUUUUGAACGUUUCAGGACGGGUUUGGACAAAGGUUUUUGACUGUAUGGCAUACUUUUGGUGAGUUUUUGAAAAUUUUGUUCGAUUUCUUUAGCUUUUUGAUGUAUUUUUUGAAUUUAUAUAUUUAAUUUUAGAUGGUUCUAUGGCUAAUCUGAUACUGAGCUCUCCCAAACCUUCAGCCUCGGAUGAACGGCCACAAAUUGCUACCGAUGGUCGAAAUCGCCAUAGAGAAACGAGUUAUAGCUGAUGGACAAAAUUUAAGAAGUAAGUUGUGCUUUGGGCUUUUUGGAUUGUUCGGAAUUUAGGCAGUUACAUCGGAGUCCCCCGUCCACGCGAAUGUCACGAGGGGCAUGCGGUGGCCGAAGCUUUGUUGCGAGGAACCAGAAUCGGCAUUGCUUUGAUGGCAGCGGACGGUUACAAUUAUGAGAAAAUUGGCAGAUCGAUGAUGUUGAAUAGUUUGAAACCGAGUCAAGGGUAGGUGUAUUGUAGGCCUAUUUUAGAAGAUUAUGGGUGGUUUGAGGGUGGUGUUAUGUUGAGAAUUUUUAUGACAUUUUCGGGAUAAAUUUGAAUUCCUUCAAAAAUUUACUAUAGCUGGAUUAAGGAAAGCCUGUAGUAUAGAGAGGGCGUUUCAUCUUCCUGAACUCGUUCGAGCCUUUUCUUGGAAUAUUUUGAUUAUUUUUUUUUCUAACGUUGUUAUGAUUAUUAUAACAGUCUCAUUUAGGCAUACUACGACGAGAAAUCCUUCCUGGCGCAUACUGCAUUUGGAAGAUCAGUGCUCUCCACAAUUCCAUCAAUUUUGUAUCCAAUCGAGACUUCAAUUGUGGGGACAAUAA